AUGGAUUUCAAGACUUCAAAUGAAGAGACAAAGACUGGGAUUUAUUUGCUGCAGGAAUGUAAUGAGGAGCCGUUCAAUAUUCGACUGCACUUGGCCAAAGACAUUCUGACCAUUCAAGAGCAAGAUGUCAUCUGUGUGUCAGGAGAGCCGUUUUAUUCCAGCGAGAGAACUGUAACGAUCAGAAGGCAGACGAUCGGAGGUUUCGGCCUGAGCAUCAAGGGUGGAGCGGAACAUAAAAUCCCUGUCGUCAUAUCAAAAAUCUCAAAAGAGCAAAAAGCUGAACUCUCUGGGCUGCUUUUCAUUGGAGACGGCAUCCUUCAGAUAAAUGGAAUAAAUGUUAGAAGCUAUCGUCACGAGGAAGUGGUCCAGGUUUUGAGAAAUGCUGGCGAAGAAGUGACACUUACCGUCUCUUUCCUGAAGAAGACUCCGGCUUUUCUGAAACUGCCCCUGUGUGAAGACUGCACAUGCGUUCCCAGUGACCAGAGCAGCGGGACCUCCUCUCCUCUGUGUGACAGCGGCCUGCACCUGAACUACCAUCCCAACAACACGGACACGCUUUCCUGCUCGUCCUGGCCGACGUCCCCGGGGCUGCGCUGGGAGAAGAGAUGGGUGGACCUGCGCCUUAUUCCUCUGCUCCACUCGCGGCUGUCGCAGCACGUCCCGGGCUCUGACGUCUGCAGAAAAAAUGCUUUCCAGGUCAUAGCCGUGGACGGCGUCUGCAGCGGGGUGGUGCAGUGUCCCACGGCAGAGGACUGUCUGGACUGGCUUCAAGCCAUCGCCAGCAACAUAUCCAGUCUCACCAAGCACAAUGUGAAGAAAAUAAACCGGAACUUUCCAGUAAACCAGCAGAUUAUCUACAUGGGCUGGGCAGAUGAGAAGGAGCAGGACUCCGUUCAGGACCGAAUGUACUCGCCAAAGUUCCUUGCUUUGAGGGGAUCAUCGCUCUUCAAGUUCUCAGCACCUCCUGUGACUACGUGGGACUGGACCAGAGCGGAGAAGAGUUUCACCGUGUAUGAGAUCAUGUGCAAGGUUUUAAAGGACAACGACCUCCUGGACAAGCGGAAACACUGCUUCAGCGUCCAGACGGAGAGCGGGGAGGACACGUUCUUCAGCGUGGAGCUGGAGUGCGAGCUGCUGAUCUGGGAGAAAGCCUUUCAGAUGGCCACGUUUCUGGAGGUGGAGCGAAUACAGUGCAAAACAUACGCCUGUAUAAUGGAGAGCCAUCUUAUGGGGCUCACCGUCGACUUCGGCAUGGGGUUUGUGUGCUUCGAUGCUGCCUCAAAGGCGGUGCUGUGGAGAUACAAGUUCUCACAACUGAAAGGAUCAUCUGACGACGGGAAGAGCAAGAUCAAAUUUCUGUUCCAGAACCAAGACUCGAAGGCCAUCGAAGCCAAGGAGCUCGAAUUCUCAAACCUCUUUGCCGUCCUCCAUUGCAUCCACGCGUUUUUCGCUGCCAAGGUCGCUUGCCUGGACCCGAUGUUCGUGGAGAGCCAAGGCACCGCGAUGACCCCUGGGGUGCCGGCCCUCACCGGCAUCUCGUGCAAUUCACAGAUAUCUAAACUCAAAUACACCACCUGACAGGCGCCGA